AUGGCGAUGAUGAAUGGUUCCGAGUGUGAUAGGGCAGUGGUGAACGUAUACACAACAGCAUCCACGGUGGAGCAGUGCUCGCGCACCGAACUUCUGGCCUUCGUCAACAGCUUCAUUGGGACGAGGUUCACGCAUAUUGAGGAGAUGGCCACCGGGGCCGCGUAUUGCCAGCUAACGGACGUACUUUUCCCGGGUAGAUUACCGCUUAAAAAGGUGAAAUUCAACUCGAGCAAGGAGAGUGAUUGGAUUUCCAACUGGCACAUUCUGCAAAUGGUGUGGGAUAGAAUCGGAGUGCGAAAGGUAUUGUUACCUCAUGCAUUUUGA